AUGUCACGAUUUGCACGACUGCUGUUAGUAACCAACAUUGUACGCUGGCCUAGCGCUGGUAUUUUUUCUAUGGGAGAAAUGUCUUCUAAAACAGUCAUGAUUACAAAGGAGCAGGCUCUGCCAGGACGAUCGGAGCCAAUCAGUGUUACCCCUAAACACACAGUGUUGGGAACUCCAACUGUGCCACCAUUUCCUGACAACACCGAGACUGCUGUGUUUGGCAUGGGCUGUUUCUGGGGAGUAGAGAGGAAAUUCUGGACACAGAAAGGAGUUUAUUCCACACAGGUGGGAUAUGCCGGUGGUUAUACCCCAAACCCUACAUACAAAGAAGUGUGCACUGGACAAACAGGCCAUGCAGAAGUGGUCCGGGUGAUCUUUGACCCUAGUCAGACCAGCUAUGGUGCCUUGCUGCAGGUAUUCUGGGAAAAUCAUGACCCUACACAAGGUAAUCGUCAAGGCAAUGAUAGAGGCACACAGUACAGAUCAGUGAUUUACACGUACAGCAAGGAGCAGCAAGCCGAGGCCGAGGCAAGCAGGGAUGCCUUCCAAAAAGCCUUAACAGAGGCAGGCUUUGGAAAAAUCACCACAGAAAUCGCACCAGCCCCGGAGUUUUACUAUGCUGAAGAUUAUCAUCAGCAGUAUCUGGACAAAAACAAGAAUGGCUAUUGUGGACUUGCUGGCACUGGUGUGAGUUGCCCUAGGGGUGUGUUGAAGAAGUGA